AUGGUGACUAGGUGGAAAGGAAAAUCAGCACCUGAGAAUACAUGGUCCUCCUUUCUGUACUACGACAGUUUAAACCAGUUCUUGCGAGAGGGAGUUGAUGCUGCCCAGAUGCUUUUGAAGCUGUACCAGUUCAUGGGUAAAAGGGGACUUUUAUGGGUAAAAGAAAAUUUGCAAGAAUCAUGGUCAUUGGCAUUUAGGUGGAUGGACUUGAGUGAUUGGCUGUCAUACAGAGCAACAGGAGAUGAUACACGGAGUUUGUGCACCACAGUGUGCAAAUGGACUUAUCUGGGUCAUGCACACAUGCAGCAAAUGAAUGAGAAGGACUCCCGAGUUAUGGAAGCUUGUGGAUGGGACGAUGACUUCUGGGAGGAGAUUGGCUUAGGUGACCUUGUGGAUGGGCAUCAUACUAAGAUAGGACGAAGUGUAGCUUUCCCUGGCCAUGCUUUGGGCGCUGGCCUAACACCUGAUGCUGCGAAGGCAAGAAAAUUUGUAAUGAAGAAUUCAAAUUGAUUUCAAGUGGUGCUUUCAUG